AUGCCAAGCUCAAACUCUACUUUUGUGACUGAGUUCCUCUUUGAAGGAUUUUCCAGCUUUGGAUGGCAGCACAGGCUUGUCUUCUUUGUGGUCUUUCUAACUUUGUACUUUCUGACACUCUCUGGUAAUGUGGUUAUUGUUACUAUCAUUCGUCUGGAUCGUCACCUCCAUACUCCCAUGUACUUCUUCCUGAGUAUGCUGUCCAUCUCUGAGACCUGCUACACUGUGGCCAUCAUUCCCCGUAUGCUUUCUGGCCUCCUGAAUCCACAUCAGCCCAUUGUCAUCCAAGGUUGUGCUACUCAGCUCUUCUUCUAUCUCACCUUUGGCAUCAAUAAUUGCUUCCUGCUCACAGUCAUGGGAUACGACCGCUACGUGGCUAUUUGCAACCCUCUACGAUAUUCAGUCAUCAUGGGUAAAAAGACCUGCAUUCAGCUGACAUCUGGGUCUCUAGGAAUUGGCCUGGGGAUGGCCAUUAUUCAGGUAACAUCUGUGUUCGGCCUACCCUUCUGUGAUGCCUUUCUGAUCUCUCACUUCUUCUGUGAUGUGAGACCCCUGCUGAAGUUGGCCUGUGCAGACACCACCAUCAAUGAGAUCAUCAACUUUGUUGUCAGUGUCUGUGUCCUUGUCCUACCCAUGGGUCUGGUCUUUAUCUCCUAUGUCCUCAUCAUCUCCACCAUCCUUAAGAUUGCUUCAGCAGAGGGUCGAAAGAAGGCCUUUGCCACCUGCGCCUCCCACCUCACGGUGGUCAUCAUCCACUAUGGCUGUGCUUCCAUCAUCUACCUCAAGCCUAAGUCCCAGAGUUCCCUGGAGCAGGACAGACUCAUUUCAGUGACCUACACUGUCAUCACCCCCCUGCUGCACCCUGUCGUGUAA